AUGGCGAACCCCAGAGUCGAGGAACUUCCGGACGACGAGUCCCAGCGACCUACCGUCGAGGAGCAGGAGGACAGCAGCGACGAGUCCGAGGGCGAGGAGGCCAACCUUCCCGCCGGUUCUACUGCCGUGGUCCACUCCCGCAACGAGAAGAAAGCUCGCAAGGCUCUCGAGAAGCUGCAUCUCACCCGCGUGCCUGGCAUCACGCGUGUCACUCUUCGCCGACCCAAGAACAUCCUCUUUGUCAUCAACAACCCCGAGGUCUACAAGUCUCCCAACAGCAACACCUACAUUGUCUUCGGUGAGGCUAAGAUCGAGGAUGUCAACGCCACCGCCCAGCAGGCUGCUGCCCAGCAGCUCGCCGCCGCCGGUGGCGAUGAUCACGCUGGCCACAACCACGGCGAGUCCAGCAAGCCUGCCGCCGCCCCCGACGCCAAGAAGGAGGAGGAAGAAGAUGACGGCGAGGAGAUUGAUGCCGAAGGUCUUGAGGACAAGGAUAUUGAACUGGUCAUGACCCAGGCAAGUGUGAGCCGCAACAAGGCUAUCAAAGCAUUGAAGGAGAAUGACAAUGAUAUUGUCAACUCGAUUAUGGCUCUGAGUAUCUAG